AUGUCUCAAGCUCUCAAGAUCGCUCGGCUCGAACUUGACAAUAUCCGAGCCACUCAUUUCAUCGCCCGCAAGCUUGGUUUCAGCUGCGAAUCUCGGCCAUGUGAUACCGUUGACAUCGUGUACGACGCUCAAACUUUCGAUUCCGGCGCCGAAGCGAUCAACAUGAUGAAGGAGAACUUAACAAGUGAGGAGUGCCAGAAUGGCUGUGGCCGAUAUAGAAUCUAUGGUCCGGAGGAAGCGGCUGAACAGUUUCACGUCGACUUGGACGGCUACGAUGGCAAGAAAGUUGCGGGCGCAUUCGAGUACGAAGCCGGCAGCAUCUCAGCUUACAGCUUCACAUCCAGCAUGCUGCAGUGCUGCCUGGACAGAGGCCUAAAUCUCCAGACGCACACCCCGGUACUCUGCAUCGUCCCCUUCCCUGCACUAGAGCAGCAGAACCAUACUAGUAGCCCUCCGCCCCGCUGGCUCGUCCAGACAGCUCGCGGCACCAUCGCAGCACCAAACGUCAUCCUUGCCACAAACGGCUAUACAGCACACCUCCUUCCAACACUUCAAUCCCUCAUCGUACCCUUAAGAGGCCAGAUUACCGCUCAGCGUCCCGGCGGAGGUCUACCACAAGGAGGCUGUUUAUCAACUACUUACUCCUUCAUCUAUAAAACAGGAUACGAAUACAUGAUCACCCGCCCCACAACCACCCCUUAUCCGGGCGAGAUCAUAAUCGGCGGUGGGUUAGGUCGCCUACCGCCAGAUGCCGAGGCGGGCGAGUACGGGACUUGUGACGACAGCACUCUCAAUCCGCAACUAUCGCAUUACCUCACGGACUGCACGAAGGCAUACUUCGGCUCGCUCUGGGGCGCCGACGAUCCCGCCGGUAGAGUUAGGAAAGAGUGGACGGGGAUCAUGGGCGUGACUGGCGACGGGCUGCCGUUUGUGGGGCAUGUGCCGGAUGCGGAGGGCUUGUGGGUUUCGGCGGGGUUUAAUGGGCAUGGGAUGGUGCUUGCGCUGAAGUGUGCGGAGGCGCUGGUGGGUAUGAUGUAUGGGGAGCAGAUUGAUUGGUUUCCCGACUGCUUCAGGAUCUUGGGGGGAAGACUCGAGAGGUUGAGGGAGAUUGGGUUUAAGGGGAGGAAGGGCAUGACUGUGUCUGAGGGACCGGAAGGAAGUAGAUAA